AUUUCCUCACAUCAGCUGAAAUAAACACGUAGGGUAGGCGACCCCAAUGCAACCCCCCCAUCCCCGAAUGGAGAGAAUUAUAUUGAAUUUCCUCGAUUACUCGUGUCCUCUCCUCCGUCCUCUCCUUGCCUCCUUUUGAAACCGGAGAGGGCGAACUUUGACCAAUUGAGAAAAGGCCAAACAAAAGUGUCGCGUUGUCAGGUGGGGUUUCCGUUGGGCGGCUGGGUAUUCCUAAAAUUAGAUUGAAGGAGUUAGUUUAGGGACAUCUCUCAAACACCUAGCCUACAGACAGACAGUUUGGAGACACAAUUUCCGUCAGUGUCUGGACAGUUUUAUCGCUGCCAGAAAGGAACCAAAGCCAGGGACAACGGAGAUGGGUCUGGUACAGUGGUUGAAGGGCACGUUCUUGUGUCACCUGAUCAUCUGCUAUGGGUUCUUGGUCAGCGGUCUCCUGGUCAACCUAUUACAGAUCUGCACUCUGCCCCUCUGGCCAAUCAACAAGCAGCUGGCCCGGCGGAUCAACUGUAAACUGGGAUACUCCAUCACCAGCCAGUCUGUGGCUCUCCUAGAGUGGUGGUCUGGCACUGAAGUAACAUUCUACACAGACCCAGAGAACUGCCAACUCUACGGCAAAGAGAACGCCAUCGUCGUCCUUAACCACAACUUUGAAAUAGACUUUCUGUGUGGCUGGACCUUCUGUGACAGAUUCGGUGUCCUUGGGGCCUCCAAAUGUUUAGCCAAGAAAGAGUUGUCAUACCUGCCUGUGAUUGGCUGGAUGUGGUACUUCCUGGAGAUGGUGUUUAUUAAGAGGAAGUGGGAGGAGGAUGAGAGGAGCUUUGUCCAGAGUCUUCAGAACCUACGGGAUUACCCCAAGAAAUUCUGGUUCCUGCUCCACUGUGAGGGAACACGCUUCACAGAGGAGAAGCAUCGGAUCAGUAUGGAGGUGGCAGAGAAGAAAGGUCUGCCUAAACUCAAACACCACCUCCUGCCCAGGACCAAGGGCUUCUGGGUAGCCGUCCAGAACCUCAGAGGGACAGUUGCUGCAGUGUACUGUUGUACACUAAAUUUCAGAAACAACGAAACUCCAACCUUGCUGGGAGUUAUCAAUGGGAAAAAAUAUCAUCCAGAUUUAUACAUAAGGAGAAUCCCUCUGGAAUCCGUACCAGAAGAUGAGGCUGAAUGUUCUGUCUGGCUGCACAAACUCUACCAGGAGAAGGACCAGUUCCAGGAGGACUACAGCCAGACAGGGUGUUUCCCAGGCCCUGUAAUCACCCCACCACGUGGGCCCUGGGCCCUGAUCAACUGGCUAGGCUGGACCUGCCUUCUCCUAUACCCCCUCUGCCUCCUCCUGGUCCAGCUGGUCAACUAUGGGUCUAUUCUCACCAUAUUGGCCACUGUGGCCUUCUGCUCUGCAGUGUCAGUUGGUGUGCGCUGGAUGAUUGGACAGACUGAGAUUAAGAGAAGCUCCAGCUAUGGGGUCCCACUUAACAACUGAGGAGAUUACCUUACAACUUCAAGAUCCUUGCCAGCUCCCAGGGAUCACUCAGAUUACCAUCCUGAUCACUACAGCAGUUAACCUCCAGCAGAUAACUCAUUCCAAAGAAAGAAUUGGUUGCUGGUCAGAGAUAGCAUUGCAGUCAACUCAAGUACGACAAGACAGUUGGGCAGGUGCUUCAGACUUUUCGAAGGCACACCUUUUCUGCUAAUGGCAGUCUAAUGUGGCAGUCUUCCUCUUGUCGAUACAUGGGAAUGUACUGCACCUACAUAAAGCACAGAUAGUGUCUUUGGAAAGUAUUCAGACCCCUUGACUUUUUCCACAUUGUUGAAUUAAAGCCUUAUUCUAAAAUUGAUUAAAUUG